AAGGUCACGUGAUCUGUCAAAUUUGAGUAUGUUUUGAAUUGUUGUCUUUUUAUAGGAGAGUUUGAAUUUUUAUUUAAUAUUAUGUCGUUUUCUGAUAAAGCUAAUACUGAAGAUGGAAUUCUUGAAAUUGAUGGGACUUCUUUGAAUGAAACAAACUUGACUGGACUCACAUCCACUGAUUUUCACACAUUAUCACAAUUAUCACAGGAAUUAACACUAAACACAGAAAUGGAGACUGAUGAGUUGGUGGUUGAGUCCCAAGGUGAGGAUGUAGUGCACGAAGAGGAAGUACAAACUGAAAUUGGCGGAGAAGAAAUAGAAAUAGAAACAGAAUUAGAAGCAGAAAAUGCUGUUGCUACGAUAGCAAUUACCGAAGAUGCUACAGCUGACACUAAAAAGGCAGUGGUGCCACCUUUAAGACCACUCACUAUAGCCCCCAAACCAGCCAAAAUCCCUGUUACGAUGAAACCUCUAGGGGGUGGGCAACAGCUAUUACUUUUGCAAGGUUCUGGUUCUGGUACUCAGGCAAUUAAAUUGGUUUCUCCUCAAGGUCAGGAGUUAAGUUUGGCCAAUUUGUCACUGACCAGACCGGUUACCAUUAAACCGGCCAUAAAGACUAUUACUUCUCAGGGUAAUAUUUCUUUGGUGCAACAAAAGCCUGUGGUCAUGAAGAAAAUUUUGACUACCGGGCAAAAAAUACAGAAACCAUUGGCUACCCUACAAGGAAAACAGGGGCAACAAUACAUGGUAGUUCAAAAAUCCGACCAAACUCAACAGUUAAAAUUAAUUCAGGGCACUUCGAUACAAACCCUGCCGAGCCCCACAAAAACGAUAACAUUCCAGCAAGCUCAAGAGAUGGGGCUUCUGAGCACGAAAAUGCUGCCGACGCAGGGGGCGGGCGCCAAAACCGCCGUCCUCUUCAACCAGAAGCAGCAAAAGACGAUCAAGAUAGUGCCGCAGGCGGGCGGCGGCGGCGGGCAGACCAUCGGGACGGUGACGGCGGGCGGCAAGACGAUAGCGCUGAAGUCGCCGCCGCCGGCCAAGAUUCUGCCCGCCGCCGCGGUGGCGGGCGGCAAGGCGCAGCAGAGGAUCGUGUUCAAGACGGGCGGCGGCGGACAGGCGGUCCUGCCGGCCGGACAGAUCAUCCAGCUGGCCGGGAACCAGAGCCUCAAUUCCGGUCAGCUGCAUCAGAUCAACAUACCUGGAAAAGGGAUGCAAUAUAUUAAAUUCGUAACCACCAGCAACGCAGAAGGCAGUGGUACCACCAUAAACACAAUAAAAACCACCACACAAGCAAUGGCGGGUAACCAAAUGAUUCUAUCGGAAUUAAAGCCUGUAAUAGCACCGAAAACGCUAAAAACCAUCCCGCAAAAAAUCAGCACGGGGAGCGGCGGUCAGCAAAUGGUCGUCACUUAUACCGUCCCGCAGAUGCAAAAAGUGGCGAUACCGCAGCGCCACGCCGCCGCUUCUCAAGCCUCGUCCGCUCCCAAGCCCGCCUCCGCGGUGGUGAACGACGCGGGGGCGGCGGCCGUCUCCAGCGCCGCCGCCACCGCCGACAGCAUGGAGCCCAACGGGAUCAGACCCAGGAAACCUUGCAACUGCACGAAAUCUCAGUGCCUGAAGCUGUACUGCGACUGCUUCGCGAACGGCGAGUUCUGCUACAUGUGCAACUGCAUGAACUGCUUCAACAACCUGGAGAACGAGGAUCACCGCCAGAGAGCGAUAAAAGCGUGCCUGGAACGCAACCCGCACGCCUUCCGGCCGAAGAUCGGCAAGUCGAAGGACGCGGCGACGGGCGAGCAGGCCGUGCGGAAGCACACGAAGGGCUGCAACUGCAAACGGUCCGGCUGUCUGAAGAAUUAUUGCGAGUGCUAUGAGGCCAAAAUAGCUUGUUCAAGCAACUGCAAAUGCGUGGGAUGUCGAAACAUCGAAGACACCAUGGAAAAGAAGAACAUAAGAAUAACAAGUAUAAUUGACAGUUGCAUGAGCAACACCCAGCCAAUGAACAAAAUGAUUGUCAAUAAAGACCCGGCCAUGUUUAGACCGAGAAGAAGCUCCAGCAGCGGUAAACAACCCAUCAACUUUAUUACCGAAGACGUCAUAGAAGCGACCUGUCAAUGUUUGCUGACGAUUUCCGACAGCGCAGAAUCGAACAUGCAGGAAGAAGAGUUGACGAAACGUCAAAUAAUCGAAGAGUUUGGCAGAUGUUUGACGGAAAUCAUAGAGUGUUCGAGUAGUAGGCAUUUAAAUUAGAGUGUUUUUGUUUUGUGUGUGACUGUAUUUAAGUAUCAAUUUAGGUUAGGCGAAAUUUUAUGGCAAAACGUUUUUAUAUGUCAAUGGUGUGUAAUAUACAAAAUAAAAGUUAUUUUAUGUCAA